CCCAUUUGCAAAUCAUCACUGCUGUGAACACUUCGCUGUUGCCGUCCGCGCUUUUUGUCCGCGUUAACACGCGCCCACCUCCUUCCGAUUCAACCACCACCACCGCCACCACAGACUCGUCGCCACGGGAUGGAGAGCUAGGGAGAUGGGCCAUCCGUGCCAGGAAUACUAAUGGAAUCAUGGCGGGAGCGAGGCUUUGUACCGGACUCAGACUCGGAGGACGGGUUCGACAGCCAGGAGACGCUCAAUUCCCGCAAGGAUGACGAGCGGGCGGUCGAAAGCUCGGUGGCUGCUGCAGCGGUGGUCAACGACGUCGCAACCGACGUACGGGUCGCUGGAGCGGAGAGAAGGGGCACCGAUCCUUUGCAGGAUGUGAAUGGAAGCGAUUCAGCUCAUCCUUCUACGCUCGACUCGAGCGUAGAAGAACAUACGCACAACCUCCCCACGCACGAACCGACGAUACGCACCAACCACGUAUACGACGAGCCACCAACGGAACAACCAGCAGAUGAGACCACCCCUCGAGCGGGUGGAAAGUUGGCUGAGGUGGACAAAGUCCUGGGAGAUGCUCCACGCAGCGCCUCAUCGACCCCAAGGGCAAGGGGGAAAGCAGAUACCUGGGAUGAUUCUAGUUCAGAGGACGAACUGCGAUUUGAGUAUAUGCGACCUCGAAAACCGGCCCGGGUCUAUACUCGUGUCAAGAGUGUUAGUCGGCCACAACCAGCGGAGGAGAAUUAUGACUCUUCCACGCCUUCGUCGCCUUUGUCGUCGCUCAGUUCUCUGCGUCUUGACUUUGAAGACGAGGAGGAUCAAGAGAAAAAUGCUGCAGACAAUGAUCUGACGCAGCAUGGACAGGAAGCUUCGAGUGGUCGGACGGCGCUGGAGGACUUGAUGGAGUUGGACUUGCCAGGGAAGGACUUGCCGGAGCAAAAUGCUACGAAACAGGAUGUCAUGGAGAAGGACUUCACUAAGCAAGUCGCGACGGAAAAGGACACAGAGGAGCAAUGGCCGACGAUGCAGACGCUUAUGGAGCGCAAUAUGACCGAACAAGACUUGAUGGAACAAGAUUCGGCACAGGAGCUCCCGCCGCUGGACAUUCCUGAAGAGCUACUUCGUGAGCUUUCUCAACCAGCGCGGAGAUCUUUGCGAGAGCGCAAGGCUAUCCAAUUGCAUCCGUACAUGCUUGAAGAUGUGAAAUAUCGCAAUCUUAUGCGAGCGCGAGGAGUCAAGCCAGUGCGCGUGGCUCAGCAGGAGAUCAAUCGUCCGGGUGCUCAAGAAAGUCAGAACCAGGAUUAUGUCGAUCAACCAGAGCCAAUGUCUGAUAGUCUGGGAGCUGAAUUUGAAUAUCUGCCGUCAUCUCCGCCCGAGACUCGACUAACUGUAGAGAAAAGACCAAUCGAAUCAUCUCCCGAGCGUCAACACCAUCAGGCACCACGAGCUCAGUCUACUAACCGGCUCCCGGGUCCUACCGUAAAGAGGCGAAAGGUGUCCAAAAUUGCAAAUCCUCAACAAACUCCUCGGACUCAGACUCAGGCCCGGUUACAGGUCGUCAUCGACAACGGCUCAUCCUCCGCUCGCCAGGCAGAUAUGCCUAUCUUCGAUAUCCCUAGUCCACCUCGCUCUGAGGACGAUGAUCCGUCUGAUGUGGAACCUUCCACCACAUUUCGAAUCCCUAGAGGCUUCACGCCUGCGUUGAAUACUCCUAGUACUGGGCCACGAGCUGCGACCACCGAUCGAGAUGUCACGGACUGGUUUGCACCUGAAAUUGAGGGCAGUAUGGAUGAUGGGCAUCUCGAGGCCGCUCCCAGUCCUCUGGCCGAGGAAGGAUCGCAGGCUAUCAGCGAAGAGGAGCGAGAGGAUACUGACGGCGAAAAGACAGAUGAGGAUGAAGCUGCAAUACGGCGGCGUUAUCAGCGACGUAUUAAGGGAGUUCUCCCGGCAUCAUGGCUGCGGUUGGAUCAGCAAAAGCAGAAGGAGGUACAGUUUGGCUCAACGCAGCGGAACAAUGAAAAGAUGUCUGUGAGAACGGACGAGACGAAGGGUGUUGCUAGGCGAGUGCUGAAACAGGGCGGCAAUGCUAGACUGCCGGGCUCGAUAGACGCACUGCGACAGCUCGCCGACCCUGAUAGCGAGGACGGGCAAGAAGACAAAGAGGCUGACGAGGAAUCCAUUUCACGUCCGCUGGUGGCUCGACAAGGCGACGAGUAUCCAUCACUAAGACAACCGGAUCGAUGA